CUGGCUUGUUCUUCAUAAGCCACAAGCAUCUCCUUCAUUCAAAAGAGUAGAAGUGCUAAUUAAGUUUAAAAGCAUUUAAGCAAGAGUUACCUAUAGCUAGCAAAGAUGUUUGGUAUCUUUGACAAAAGCCAAAAGAUCAAGGGCACUGUGGUGUUGAUGCCCAAGAAGUUCCUGGACUUCAACGACAUAAUAUCCGCUACUAAAGGUGGGGUUCUUGGCCUUGCCGGUGAUCUCUUGGAAUUUGCUGGCGACGUUGCCGGCCAAGCAGUAGAUACUGCCACUGCCAUCUUCAGCCGUAGCGUUGCCAUACAAUUGAUCAGUGCUACCAAGACUGAUGCAAAUGGAAAUGGGAAACUUGGAGAGAGAACCUAUAUUGAGAAACAUCUACCAACAUUCCCAACCUUGGGAGCGAGGCAAGAGGCAUUCCGCGUUUACUUUGACUACGAUGCUAAUUUCGGAAUCCCAGGAGCAUUUUACAUUAAAAACUAUACACAAGAUGAGUUCUUCUUUGUGAGUCUCACCCUUGAAGACAUUCCUAAUCAUGGAACAAUUCACUUUGACUGCAACUCAUGGGUUUACAAUGCCAAAUUGUACAAAAGAGAUCGCAUUUUCUUCACCAAUGAUGCAUAUCUUCCUGGGCAAACACCAGCAGCACUGGUCAAAUACAGAAAAGAAGAAUUAGAGAAUUUAAGAGGAGAUGGCACAGGAAAGCGCCAAGAACAUGAAAGAAUCUAUGAUUAUGAUGUCUAUAACGAUUUGGGAAAUCCAGACGGUGGCGCCAAAUUGGCUCGCCCAACCCUUGGUGGCUCCGCCACCUAUCCCUACCCUCGCCGGGUCAGAACCGGUAGAAAAUCAGCCAAGAAAGAUCUUACUAGUGAAUCAGCAGGCGAGAUUUACGUUCCAAGAGAUGAGAAUUUCGGUCACUUGAAAUCAUCAGAUUUCUUUACCUAUGGAAUCAAAUCUCUAUCUCAGGACGUGUUGCCUCUGUUUGAAUCUGCCAUUUUCGAUUUGAACUUCACGCCAAAUGAGUUUGAUAGCUUCGAUGAAGUGCGAGCACUUUACGAUGGUGGAAUUCAGCUGCCUACAAGCAUUAUCAGCAAAAUUAGCCCUUUACCAGUUCUUAAGGAAAUUUUUCGCACUGAUGGUGAAAAUGUUCUCCAAUUUCCCAAACCUCAUGUAGUUAGAGUUAGCAAGUCUGCAUGGAUGACUGAUGAUGAGUUUGCAAGAGAGAUGAUUGCGGGUGUAAACCCUAAUGUGAUUAGUUUGCUCCAAGAGUUCCCACCAAAAAGUAAGCUAGAUGUCAAAGUCUAUGGUGAUCAAAAUAGCACCAUAACAACAAAAAACUUGGAGGAUAAUCUAGGUGGGCUCACAGUUAAUGAGGCACUUAGUGGCAAGAGAUUAUUCGUAUUGGAUUACCAUGAUGCUUUCAUGCCUUAUUUGGAGAAGAUAAACAAAUUUGCAAAGGCUUAUGCCACCAGGACAAUUUUGUUCUUGAAAGACGACGGGGCUUUAAAGCCACUUGCUAUUGAAUUGAGUUUGCCGCAUCCAAAUGGAGUUGAGUAUGGUGCCGUGAGCAAAGUCAUCUUACCUUCCAAUGAAGGUGCUGAAGGAACAAUUUGGCUAUUGGCCAAGGCUCACGUAAUUGUGAAUGACUCAGGCUAUCAUCAACUCAUAAGCCACUGGUUAAAUACUCAUGCAUCGAUGGAGCCAUUCGUCAUUGCAACAAACAGACAUCUCAGUGUGCUUCACCCUAUUUUUAAACUCUUACAUCCUCACUAUCGUGACACAAUAAAUAUCAAUGGACUUGCUCGUCAAGCAUUAAUUAAUGCAGAUGGCAUUAUAGAGCAAUCAUUUUUGCCUGGACAGUAUUCUAUGGAGAUUUCUUCUGUAGUUUACAGGGAUUGGGUUUUCCCUGACCAGGCAUUACCAGCUGAUCUAAUUAAGAGAGGAAUGGCAGUUGAAGAUCCCUCUGCCCCCCAUGGUCUUCGUCUUGCGGUAGAGGACUACCCUUAUGCUGUCGAUGGACUUGAGAUAUGGGAUGCUAUUAAGAAGUGGGUUCAAGAAUAUGUGUCCUUAUAUUACCCAACGGAUGAUGCAGUCCAGAAAGACACUGAACUGCAAACUUGGUGGAAGGAAGUUGUACAAAGGGGUCAUGCUGACUUGAAAGACAAGCCAUGGUGGCCUAAGAUGCAAACUCUUGCAGAGUUGAUUCAAUCUUGCUCUACUAUCAUAUGGACUGCUUCAGCACUUCACGCAGCUGUUAAUUUUGGACAGUAUCCUUAUGGAGGCUAUAUCCUGAACCGUCCAACCCUCAGCAGAAGAUUGAUCCCAGAAAAAGGAACUCCAGAAUAUGAUGAGAUGGUUAAAAAUCCUCAAAAGGCUUACCUCAGAACCAUCACACCAAAGUACCAGGCUCUUGUUGACCUUUCUGUGAUAGAGAUAUUGUCUAGGCAUGCUUCUGAUGAGAUCUACCUUGGGGAGAGGGAGAAUCCAAAUUGGACAUCUGAUUCAAAGGCACUACAAGCCUUCAAAAAGUUUGGAACCAAGCUGCAAGAAAUUGAAGCGAAAAUCACAGAAAGGAACAAAGAUUCAAGUUUGAAAAACCGAAUUGGCCCAGUUGAACUGCCCUACACUUUGCUCGUUCCUUCUAGUGAGGCAGGGUUAACUUUCAGAGGAAUUCCAAACAGUAUCUCUAUUUAAAUUUAGUGUGUAGUUUCCUUAUCUAUUGCAUUUCCUAAUAAAGAGACAAUGCUUCUCUAUGUAUGCAUAUUUUCUGUAUGUAACUAUGUUUGAACCAUUUAGUUAUAUUGAAGUGUGUUUUCGCUA